AUGUCAUCGAUAUUCAAAGAAGUGUCUUUAAAAUAAGUGAUUGCUGAUAAAAGUUAAGUAAGAAUACUAUUGACAUAGAAAAUUCAGACACUGGUUACAAUGUUGAAAGAUAUCUAAACGGAGGAGGAGGAAAUUAUGAGAUAAUUCAAUAAAAUGACAAAAGAAGCAAGAUCAAUAGAGGAAUUAUAUGAGAUAAUGGAAAUGAUUAAUUAUGAAAUGAGUGUUCGAAAUAACGAUAAAUUGGAGAUAAUGGAUGAAAUUAAUCACCAAGAGGAGUAUCUGUAAUUAAUUCGAUUUUAUAACAGAUUGUAACAAUAAGGCAAUCUUGAAGGCUAAGUGAGGAAUGCUUUGAAAGAAUUGGAAACAUCACAAAAAUUUUAAAAGACACGAUCUUUGAGAUAGACUGGAAGAUUUCUAUAAUUCAAAGAGAAUAAUCAUAAUUUGAAUAUGGAAAAUAAUAACAUCCAAUCUAAUAUUAUAACAAGUUAUGAUUUUGAAGAGUAAUCAAAAUUGUACGAUAAAAUCUAAGAUAAUAUCUUUAAUGAUCCAAUAAAAUAUAAUACUCAAGAUGGUAUAGAUGAGACUUAAGUAUAUGAUUGGAUAUUGGAUAUUGAUUUGAUAAACAAUGUCUAAUUGGGUUGGCCUGUCUAUAUCAGUAAGCCAUUCCAGGCAAAAAUGGAGUUAGUGGGUUUAGGGAAUAACAAUAAUGAAAUUAAGUCUUCAAUUAAAUGGGAGGGUGCAACCGUGGCUGUUGUCGGUCUUUAUGAUAAAGGGAAGACAUUUGUACUUAAUAAUCUAACUCAAUCAAAUUUACCAUCAGGGAAGAAAGUAACUACUAAAGGGAUAUCUUUCAAACAUGUUGAUGUCGAUUCAGGAACUUAGUUAAUAUUAGUUGAUACAGCAGGUAGUUACUCUCCUGUAAAAAUUUAAUCUGCUUUAAGUAUUGUAGAGAAGGAGGCAACAGAGCAUUUUAUUAUAGAUCUUGUAUUUGAAUUGAGUGAUUACUUCAUUUGUGUUGUAAAUGACUUCACUUCUUUAGAUCAAAGAUAUUUAGAUAGAUUGUCUAGACAAAUAUAGAAUAGUUCAAAGACAUUUAGAGAAAUCAUAGUAGUUCAUAAUUUGAAGGAAAUUGAGACAUCUGAAAUCUUACAACAUGUUUGGAUAACUCAAGUGACUUAAAUUUAUUCUACAGGUGGAUCUAUUUAAAGAACCAAGGUUGCAGCCAAUAAUCCAAGGAAUAAUGAGUUAUAAGCUAAACAUGUAUUAUGGUUCAAAACCUAAUAUACAAGACAUGUCUGUUUGGUUAGUGAUGAUAGUUAAUUAGGAUUAGAUGUAAAUCCUUGGGUAUUUUCAUUAUUGAAAUAUUGGUUAAAAUCAGUAUUUGUACCUGUUAACAGAUCAUUUUCUGUUUGUGAAAGUAUCUUGUAAUAUGCAACCAGCAAAUUAACAUAGUAUUUUAAGCGGGAAGUUAAUGUGAAGUUGAUUGACACAGAUAACUAAUUCGUAAAGAAGAUCGUGCAAAAGGAGGCCGACUUAUAAAAUGGACAAUUAAAAAUACCUUAAACUAAUAUUGAUCAAUCUGGUUUGAUAUUAGCAAGACCAGAUUCAUUCGCUCCUGCCACAGAUAUCAUAGCUAAUGAUAAAUAUACUAUUUAUAUGGAUGUACCAGGAAUAAGCGAAGAAGAUAUCGAAAUGUAUAGAUAAAAUGUUGUGACUAUAGUUAAAGGAAACCGAAAGAAACCCUAUUAGGAAGAAUAAAGUGAUCAUAUCAAAAAGCAGGAGAGAAAAUACGGUGAAUUUACAUUAAGUUUUAGGAUUCCAGAAAAUUUCGAACGCAAAUGGAAACAUUUUGGAAUAGAAAAUGGAGUUUUGAAAAUAGUAUAUGAGAAAGACAAGGAUGAUAUCAUUCCUAAUUAAUUUAUGAGUUAAAAUGAAUGA